AUGUAUGAGGACAACUUCCUGGUAGAUGAGAAUGAACUGACGAACCAAACCUGGAGUCUACAUCGUUACCUCCUAAGAGGAAAUACACUACCCUACAGAAGCCCCUCGCGCCCGUCAAGCGAAAUAAGUUGGAAACACCGCCAGCAUGCUCUUCAAGCGUUCGCUAAAGGACAUAGACUCCAAAAUCGCCCUGUCAAUUGGGGUACAAUCGAUUAUGGUGACCUAAACGUUCACUCCUCCGCAAAAGCCAGUCGCUCUCGUAAAGGUGACUGUGUCGCAGACCUCACCAGCGACUUUUUCACGCACUCAUAAGGACCUGGAAAUUAAAAUUGCCGGAGCUGUCAAGACGGUAUUGAUGAGCACCAAAGAAGAAGAGAUCAAGUUGAAAGAGGAG